AGACGUGGGGGAAGAAGAGGGGACAACUGCAGCAUGGAUCACCCUGUGCCCACACUUCCAAACCAGCUUGAUGUUCCUGGCUGGACAGGCUCCAGUCCUGCCUUUUUUGGCUUUUUCCUUGCCAUUUCAAAGGGCUUUUCAGAAAAAUAAAGAACAAAGAGUGCUAAACUGUGUAGCUUGCAGUCCCACAGAUGUAUUUGCCUGUGUGAGGAAUGGUACCGUGAUAAUUUUAUAGCAACAUUGGUGUAACUGGUUCUGGAUCUCAUCCAGUUGUGUUGGCACUAGUGGUGAAGUGAGAUGGGUCAGAAAACCAACCCAGGCAGAAAAUGAUAAAUUUUCAGUUACUCGUAGCCUUGAUCCAUCUCGGUGCAAUGAUAGUAGGAGGUAGUGAGAGGUACUGACUAGAAAUAAGGAGAAUCAAAUCAGCCUCUAAAAUAGCAGUUUAUCACAGUGAUGGUUUAAAAUGACCGUAAAGCCAUCACAAGUCUUUGGUCUAAAUAGGCAUGUUGUCUUUUUCUGUCUUUCAACUAUACCCCACACAGUAGAAUCUCAACUGAGUUGGGAAAUUUGUUUGCUGUUGCUGGGAGGAAGAGCAUAUUUUAAUGAAACUGGUGGCAUCAACAGUCUGUGAUGUGAAAACUUGGAAAAAUCUCACCACUGGCUCCCCUCUCUUUGCUGACAGGCACCAGCGAGUGCCGGCGUUUCUUCCUUGCUGCGUCUGCCGCUGUGGAACAGGAAUCAAGUUGAUAGUGAAUCAUCUAAGAAAUGGCCACGCGCCUCAGAUCGGCUGGUAAGAAAUGUACAGUGAUCGGCGGGUCAGGAUUCUUAGGCCAGCACAUGGUGGAGCAGCUCCUGGAGAAGGGUUACGCGGUCAAUGUGUUUGAUAUUCAGAAGAGAUUUGACAAUGACAGAGUGCAGUUCUUCCUGGGAGACCUUUGUGACAAAGAGGCUUUGCUCCCGGCUUUACAAGGUGUGUCAGUGGCGUUUCAUUGUGCAUCACCAGCACCUUCAAGUGACAACAGGGAACUGUUUUAUAAGGUGAAUUUUAUGGGAACCAAAGCAGUCAUUGAAGCCUGCAAAGAAGCCGGAGUGCAGAAACUGGUGUUAACUAGCAGUGCCAGUGUAGUUUUUGAGGGCACAGACAUAAAAAAUGGAUCAGAAGACCUCCCUUAUGCAAAAAAACCUAUUGACUAUUACACAGAGACGAAGAUCCUACAGGAGAAGGAAGUGCUCAGUGCGAAUGACCCAGACAACAAUUUCUUCACUACUGCUAUUCGUCCCCAUGGAAUAUUUGGUCCUAGAGACCCUCAGCUGGUUCCCAUCCUCAUCCAAGCAGCUAAGAGCGGCAAAAUGAAGUUCAUAAUUGGGGAUGGAAAGAACUUGGUAGAUUUCACCUAUGUGGAAAACGUGGUCCAUGGACACAUCCUAGCUGCAGAAAAUCUUCAGAGACACUCUCCCCUGUGUGGGAAGGCAUUUCAUAUCACAAAUGAUGAACCGGUUCCUUUCUGGGCUUUCAUGUCCCGUAUCUUGACUGGCUUGAACUACGAUCCUCCCAAGUACUAUAUUCCCUAUUGGCUGGCAUAUUACCUGGCCCUGUUCCUGUCUCUGGUGCUGUGGCUGCUAAGUCCGCUGGUCACCAUCAAGCCCACUUUUACUCCCAUGCGGGUAGCAUUAGCUGGAACGUUUCACUACUAUAGCUGUGAACGGGCCAAAAGAGACAUGGGCUACAAACCAGUGGUGAGCUUGGAUGAAGCAAUAGACAGGACUCUGCAGAGCUACCCCCACCUACGCCGGGCUAAGGCCUGAGAAGUCCUAGAUGGAUUUUUUUUCUGCUUGAUUUUUGUAAUUGCUUUGACAUCUUAACAUGAACACUGAAGCCAAUUUCACUAAUUCUCUGGAACAGGGAGUUUUCCUGAAGUCCCUCCUUCUCCUCACCAUUAUCAAGGUGGCUUUAUCUGGGUUGAAAAAACCUUCAUGUAGGAGCUGUGCUAACAGUUCUUUUCUUUGAUGUGACUUCUUGUUUUGAAACAGCUGCUGAACCCUAUGUACUUUGAAUAAACACCCUGCCGGGCCCUCUUCAAUCCCAACCCAGCACAUCAGCAUUCCUUCGUCUUCUCUCUCCACCCUUGUCCUCUGUUUUGUUGCUCUGGUGAUAACAGCCACCUCUUCUCACAGCUGCAGACUGGGUAAUGAAAUACUUCUCACGACUGGUUCCUCUCUACGGUUUGGCUUUAAUCUAUACAAGAGUGAUGAAAGGGAGGCUUAUGCCAAAAAUGAGUUCUGCCACCAGCUCUUAAAUCAUUGAAGCUAAUUUUAUUAUUCCCUCCAUGAUUGGUGGGUGAUUUGGCUCCUCACUGAGGCAUCAGAAGGAAACCUGAGAAAAGGCAUGCUAGGCUGCUCUUUGUGAGGAAGCAUGUGCCUUCAUUUCUGCAGGACCCUAUUUCUAGUCAAAAAUAACCCAAAUAAAUCACGAAGAGAUGACUUCCUAAUUUUGCGUUCUAUCUUUGAAAGGGCAGAUCCCAUUUUGAACAUCUCAGCAGAAACAGGAUUUUAAUCAUUCCCUUUGUGGGGGGAGAAAUCUUUGCUGUGGCUGCUCUUGGUCAGCACAUAAUAUUUUAACAUAGCUUACUCCCUUUCCAUAAGAACCACGUUGGUUGGAAGAUCCUACUGCACAAAGCUCUCAUCUUGUCUGACAUGUUAUUGCUGGUAACGGUGAUUUUUGUUGCUUUGACCACUUUGUACAUGAAAAAACUCAUUUCCACAAGAAAAUGGUUAUCAUAAUACUAUGUUCACCAAGCUGUUUAGUUUGACAUUUAUAUUAAGUGUACUUUACCCUAUAAUCUUUCUAAGUGCUUCAGUUUGGUUUUGUUUUUAAAUGAAGAGUUUAGGUUAGAGCUGGAACUUCCCCUCGUGCCUGUUCUGGCUCCCCAGGAGUUUCGAUGUUUCAGAUUUCAGAAGCAUGGGAUGUGCCUCAAUAGCCUUAACCUCAUCUGAGAGCUGGAUAUGCAGCUUAGAAAUUAGUUUUAUUGUAUCUUCUGGUUAUUUUCUGGACAGUUUUAUGUUGGGCUUUUUUCUGGAAAUUUUUUUCUGCUGUAACAGCUAGCUAGUUUUACCAGCCUUUGCCUUGCUUGAUCUUGAAGUAAAUACUAGCCAGUUUCUUGGGCCAGUUCACACAGUUCUGGUUUGCACUGGUCAGCCACCUUGGGCUUCCCCCCUCCACCCGCCCCAGCCUGUAUUUAAAGCUUGAAUUCUAGAGUGCUAUUCUUCAGCAGUGUGUUGUUCAAAAAAAAAAAAAAGUCCUGUGAUUCCUAGGUUUUCUGGAAUCUGCUUGUGUCAUCCCACAUCCCAUUUCAGCGGGAGACCGAUGCUACUUUCAAAGCCCUGAGCCGUGUUAACCUCCAUGUGAUGCGUCAAUGUGCCGGCACAAAUUCAGUGUUAAUGGAAAGACCCUUUCUUCCCUCACUGUUUCUGUGAGUGUGUACCAGUGCCCCAUCUAUAUAUAAAAAAAAGAAUAAAUUGUGACCUAUGAAAA